AUGGCCGCAGCUUUACAUUCGCUAACCUCCGCCGAAUCUCUUGCACACCGUGCCCGCAUCGCUUCCUUCGUAUCCUCAUUGCGCCCUCUCGGCCUACGCACACCCGUCUGCAACCUCCUCGCGCACCGCAUCCCCACACGAUGGUCGCUCUACCGCGGGCUCCUGCGUGAUGCGCCGAGCGACGACGUCCGGUCGAGGAUACGGACGUUGUUCCAGAAGCACAAGGGGCUGCGGAAGGCGAGCAUGGUGAAGAGGGUGUUGGCACGGUAUCACAAGAUGCGGGACAUGUUCGCCGCUGCGAAAGCGGGGGAACCGCGCUCACAAGCCAUCGUCGAGCGGUACGCCCGGAUGGUUGCGUUCUGCAAUGAGAAAGCGCGGAACGACCGCCUCGCACAAGAGAUGCUCGCCUGGCGUGACAAGCUCGCAAAGCGACCCAUCAUGACAGGGAUCUUCUUGCGCGCCACAAUCUACCACGGCCCACUUCCUCGCUUGAAACCGCAGCCAAAGCACAUCUCCGGAUUGAUUGGAUGGCGCCGCAAACAGCGCGAGCGGCGCAUAGACGAGAAUCGGGCGAACGAAGAGCAGCUCAUGGACAUGCAGUGCGAAGUGGAGCAGGAGCGAGCGCUCGCUGAGAGGGCGCUGCAGGAGGGACAGCCGUUCAAAAGCGAGUUCGUUGAGAAUGCCGACCUGUGGCUGAAUCCGAUGCAGGAGCGUGCAGACGAAUUCGAAGCAAUGCUCGCGCGCGACGAGGAGCGUGCUCGGACGCCGUUCCCGCCUGCGCUUACCGCGCAGAUCAUGGCCGCGCGCCGGGAGAAGAUCGCGAAUAAGACGCGAGAGUUGCAGCGCGAACGCGCGGGCGUCGUACUCAAGCGCACCCUCCGGCGGCGAAGACAGGGUCCUCCCGCGCAUAUCCUUACGAAGCUGAGUGAAGAGGAGAAACAUUUAGACCAGGUGUCGCGGAGCGUAAGCGAGGUGGGGUAUGUCGGCAUGGUGAAGAGGAGGCUUGGGUUCAAAUUGAGGGACCCGGAGGCGUACAAGGUCGAGUUAGGAAACCCGAAGGAGAUGGAAAGACUCGAGCGGGAAGCUGCAGAAAUUGAGGCCGAGAACGAACGUAGACGGAGGGAAGAUAUUGCCAUGCGAUGA